AUGCUUAAACGAUUAAUGCAAAAGCUUCAAGUCACCAAAACAUCCCCCUCAGGCUCGCCACUUCUGAACCUCCCUCCGGAUAUAAUUACUCUUUUGACAACAUAUCUCGGAUAUUGUGAUCGAGUAUCACUUUCUUUGACCACCAAAACUCUACGUCGUCUCGCUCCAAACCGGCAUUCGCUCGACUCGCCAGGACUCAUAGCUAACUAUAGAAUCUAUGAGCGUCUUCUUUGUAAAGAGCCCCUCAACAGAUCUAGACUACCAAACACCCAAGUCUCUCAUCCCGGACGGUGCUCUUACUGUUCCGAACGGCUUUGCCCCUCAACUUGCCCCACAGCCCUCUUCCUAGACUAUGAAACAGGUAUUUUCUAUCCUGCAUCACUAUAUCCAGCCCAUAAUGCCACACUUGCACCAAAAAAGGGCUUCUGUAAAAACUCUGGAUGCCACCCACACUACAUAAACAAACGUUCCCUACGCAGCCAGGACGACAGCUCCCUGGCCGAACAGAAUACGCCCGCUUCUCUACCCUCUCAGACCCAUGAUAUUUACCCCAAACCGGUACCUGCGCUAUAUAGGACUAUUUGGUGUGAUCACCACCGUUGUCCCCCAUCCCUUAUCCGCAACAACUACCAUCGAAAAAAUGCCCCAAUGGGCUCUUACCGAUUCUACGAGGAUUACUAUUCCAACGGCAUGUGGAAAGCAGUACGGAGUGGCUACGAACUACCUUACAGCCAGAUACCACCCUUACCUAGCCGGAUUGUAGGAGAAAAUAUAAUGGCAGAAACGAUAAAAGCUUCUAGUACGUCGCCAUUUGGUGAAAUAGAUCAUAAACACGUUUUCUACGAUGAACUCUGUCGCCACUGCCUACUUCCAGUCUCCUACUCUGGGACGCCGGAUGAUCUUUGGAACGAAAGAACUUGCAAGUGCUGGCUCCCCUCUGAAUCAUCUAAAAAAGCCGAUGCCAAAAUUUUAGGCCUCGGACAUUGCGGUUGCGUGAUUCCUAUCAAGUUCACAGUACUCGAAGCUUUCAAUCCGAUAAGUACGAAUGACCGCGAUAUCCCUUUAUUACUGGUACUCGCUUCCGAAAUAGAUGUCGUAUCCGCUAGAACUACAACUGGGGAGUUACAGACACAUGUAGCGCCCCUCAACGCAAUGCAAAUCCAACAGUCUCUCGGAAUCAUCAAUCCUGGUGUUCCGUCACCUACCCCGAUUUGUGCGUGUGUUCUUCCUGUGUGA